CCUUCAUGGGUCAUGGUGAAGUAUCACCCGCAAACACGUUCGGGUUUCUACACCCGUUCUUUCCAAGUUGUUACUUCCUCUUCUUCCAUUCCACUACUUGUCUCUUUCGUCCUAUCUAUCAUCUAUAAAACACCCACCAAUUUGGGUUCUUUUUCGCAGCACUUGACUACAUCAAAUUCCCCUUUUCUUCAAUUUAGGGACGCAAACAUAAUCCAAUUCUAGAUUCAUCUAAAGCAGAUUAAUGGCUUCCAUUAACAUGUCUUCCGCAUCCACAUCUUUACUUCGCUCAAAGAUGAUCACAAACUUCAGCUCAUACAACAGUCUUCACUCUGUAAAUCUCAUCUCAUCCAAUGGGCAUACAUCAGAGACAUUUCUCCAUCUCACUACCAAAUCAUUCUCCAAAACUAAACCCGAUGGUAGACUCAGAGCUUCACUAUUACCUCUAGAAGCUUUGGGUACACUAUCAGCUGAAACCACUCCUACCAUGAACAGUUUCUCUAAUGAAGCUGAUGAAUAUGAUUUAGAUCAACCCACCACAGGCUUUUCAUCCAUUCCAGAAGCAAUUGAAGAUAUACGCCAAGGAAAGAUGGUAGUUGUAGUAGACGAUGAAGACAGAGAAAACGAAGGGGAUUUGAUAAUGGCAGCAUCAUGUGUCACACCAGAAGCCAUGGCUUUUAUAGUCAAACAUGGAACUGGGAUUGUUUGUGUAAGCAUGAAAGGAGAAGAUUUGGAUCGUUUGGAGCUUCCAUUAAUGGUAACUCACAAAGACAAUGAAGAAAAGCUCUCCACAGCAUUCACAGUAUCAGUCGAUGCAAAACAUGGCACAACUACUGGUGUAUCUGCCCGAGAUCGGGCAGCCACCAUUAAAGCUUUAUCUUCUAAAGAUUCACUGCCCGGUGAUUUCAACCGCCCGGGACAUAUAUUUCCAUUGAAAUACAGAGAAGGUGGUGUUUUGAAAAGAGCUGGACAUACUGAAGCUUCUGUAGAUUUAGCAGUUUUAGCUGGAUUUGAUCCUGUAGCUGUUUUAUGUGAGAUUGUUGAUGAUGAUGGCUCCAUGGCUAGAUUGCCAAAGCUUCGCGAAUUUGUCAAAAGGGAGAACUUAAAGCUUAUAUCUAUUGCUGAUCUUAUCAGGUAUAGAAGGAAGACAGAUAAACUAGUGGAACGUGCUUCUGCUGCACGUAUACCUACUACGUGGGGCCCAUUUGUUGCGUAUUGUUAUAGAUCAAUCUUAGAUGGAAUGGAACAUAUAGCAAUGGUGAAGGGUGAGAUUGGUGAUGGGAAUGAGAUUCUUGUAAGGGUACAUUCGGAAUGUUUAACAGGAGACAUAUUUGGGUCUGCAAGAUGUGAUUGUGGGAACCAAUUAGCACUUGCAAUGCAACAGAUUGAAGAGGCGGGAAGGGGCGUUUUGGUCUAUUUGAGAGGUCAUGAGGGUAGGGGGAUUGGAUUAGGGCAUAAGCUUCGUGCUUAUAAUUUGCAAGAUGAUGGUCGUGACACUGUUGAAGCUAAUGAGGAGCUUGGUUUGCCUGUUGAUUCUAGGGAGUAUGGAAUUGGUGCUCAGAUAUUGAGAGAUUUGGGAGUGAGAACAAUGAAGCUGAUGACAAAUAAUCCUGCUAAAUACAGUGGAUUGAAGGGAUAUGGUUUGGAAGUUGCAGGAAGAGUUCCUCUUUUGACUCCAAUUACAAAACACAACAAAAGAUACCUUGAGACCAAAAGAGCCAAAAUGGGACACGUGUAUGGAUCCUCUGGGAACAACAACAAUGGUGCCUCCCUCCAACUAAACUUAUAUAAUGUGAGGGAGAAUGUUGUGCAAGGUCCAAAUGGCAUGAAGACAGUUGCAAUUACAAUUGAUGAUGAUUUACAUGUUGAUGAAGAGGAAGAGAGUAGGAAGAAAGAGAAGCUUGGAAAAGAACACCAUUAA